CCAAUAAAAUUUUCCUGAAUCUGAGUAUGGAUCCCAAAACUUUUCCAUUGUUCAUUUUCACGCUCAUUUCGCUUCUUCAACUGCACUUAUUAGCCGGACAAGAUGCUGUUAGAGCUGGCUACUGGUUUCCAGGGAGUGAAUUUCCAGUUUCUGAUAUAGAUUCCACUCUCUUCACUCACCUUUUCUGUGCUUUCGCUGAUCUCGAUGCCGAAACCAACCAAGUUGUCGCUGCAUCAUCAAACCAGGCUCAGUUCUCCACCUUCACCCAAACUGUCCAGCAAAAGAACCCUUCUGUCAAAACACUUUUGUCGAUUGGAGGAGGCAGUGCAAACGAGGCAGACUUCGCUUCAAUGGCAAGCGAAUCCACCUCCCGAAAAUCAUUCAUCGAUUCUUCAAUAAAUCUCGCCAGGCAAUACAAUUUUCAUGGCCUAGACCUCGAUUGGGAGUACCCCUCCUCGGCUACUGAAAUGACCAACUUAGGAUUACUCCUCAACGAAUGGAGAGCAGCCAUUGACAACGAAUCCACAAGCACAGGCAACUCAUCCUUGCUCUUAGCCGCCGCAGUUUUUCGCUCAUCGGAUUAUUACACCAUUGAUUACCCAAUUCAAGCUAUAGCAAACAGCUUGGAUUGGAUCAAUGUGAUGGCGUAUGACUUUUACGGUCCCCUUUGGUCAAAUCUAACAGGGCCUCCUGCAGCUUUAUACAAUCCUGGAAACGAUCAAAUUAGUGGAAGUUAUGGAGUCUCAACCUGGAUUCAAGCUGGAGUGACUGCUAAUAAAAUUGUGCUAGGCCUUCCCUUUUAUGGCUACGCCUGGCAGCUUGCUGAUGCUAAUAACCAUGGAUUUUUUGCCCCGUCAGUUGGGGCAGCUUUAUCCUCUGAUGGGUCAGCUGGUUACGGCCAGAUUGAGGAUUUUAUAUCCGAGAACAAUGCCACGACUGUGUAUAAUUCAACUGUUGUUUCGAACUAUUGUUAUUCUGGAACAACUUGGAUCGGUUUCGAUGAUACGCAGAGUAUUUCUGCUAAGGUUUCGUAUGCUAAAGAGAAUGGACUUCUUGGUUACUUUGCCUGGCAUGUUGCUGCUGACGACGAUUGGGUUCUUUCUCAGACAGCUUCGGAUACAUGGGGAGCUUGAAUACUCAUUGCCAGUUGAGUGCUGAUAUGGAGGAAUCAAACCAGAUUUAUGGAUAUGAAUGAAUAAUGAAUAAUGUAUGUUAAUUUUAAUAAGGAAAAUAAUUG